UCAUGACCAGAUAUUAAUUAUUAUCGUUUGACAGUUACGGUCUUGUUUCUGUGGGGCGCCUUAUAGAUAUGUAUGUUUAUAGAUAUGGGAUCUUUAGUGGUAUAUUCUUGAAGGUUGAAUAUUUUAAUUUAAUAUUAAUUGCUUAUUCAGAUAAAUACAUGACUUUCUUACAGUGAUCAAAGUAUUCCUCGCCUGGGCCAGAUGAUUACUGACUAUGAUCCACCCAUUAAGAAGCUGUCAGAAGAAUUUGUGCCCCAUGCCAAACUGCUCAUUACAGCACUUGUGUCCUUGUGUCCAAUUUAUGGCAACAGAAAUCUUUCUGCAGAAAAAUGGAGAUCAGACCAAAGACUUAGUUUGGCUGGAAACCCAGGCCAGCUACUGAAACCAUCACAGACACCCACAAUGUCUUGUGAAUACCUGUCACUUGAUACAAUGGAGAGGUGGAUAAUAUGUAAGUGUUCUCAGUAUUUGCUUCUUUGAAGCAUGAAGUUGAUAUUCUGCUUGCAUAAUAUUGUGCAAAGA